AUGGAGCUACCCCCGGGCCUUGCAUCCGACGAAGCUAGCCCCGAAUGGUUUAGCAAGGCUGACAACGCAUGGCAGCUCACUGCUGCUACACUUGUAGGCAUGCAGAGUGUGCCCGGCCUUAUCAUCUUGUAUGGAAGCAUAGUCAAGAAGAAGUGGGCAGUCAACUCGGCCUUCAUGGCCAUGUACGCCUUUGCAACUGUCUUGGUUUGUUGGGUGGGUUGGGGCUACCAAAUGUCAUUCGGUACCGAAUUGUUCACCUUCCUGGGACGCCCCAACGUGGCCUUGGAUGAGAAGUACCUAUUUACAAAAGCAUUCUCCGGGAAAUUGCCGAACGCGACCAUGAUUUAUUUUCAGUUUGUGUUUGCAGCAAUCACGUUGAUUUUGAUUGCGGGGGCGUUGUUGGGGAGGAUGAAUUUCCAUGCGUGGAUGUUGUUCGUACCACUUUGGGUGACAUUUUCGUAUCCGAUAACCGCUUAUAGUAUUUGGAAUCCAAAUGGAUGGUUGGCAAAGAUGGGUCUUAUUGAUUAUUCUGGAGGGUAUGUCAUUCACCUUUCUUCAGGAGUUGCUGGUUUCACUGCCGCUUAUUGGGUCGGACCUAGAGCAACUAGUGACAGGGAGAGAUUCCCUCCAAACAACAUCCUGCUUAUGUUGGCAGGAGCUGGACUACUUUGGAUGGGAUGGACUGGAUUCAAUGGUGGAGAUCCCUACAGUGUGAGCAUGGACGCAUCUCUGGCCGUCCUCAACACCCAUGUAUGUACUGCCUCUAGCUUGCUGACGUGGCUCGUCCUUGACAUUAUUUUCUUUGGGAAGCCCUCUGUGAUUGGAGCCACACAGGGGAUGAUCACUGGCUUGGUUUGCAUAACUCCUGCUGCGGGAGUGGUGCAAGGUUGGGCAGCAAUCAUAAUGGGAAUCAUGUCUGGAAGCAUCCCAUGGUACACAAUGAUGGUCCUCCACAAGCAAAGCAAGCUCCUGAAGCAUGUAGACGACACCAUGGCCGUGUUCCACACCCACGCUGUGGCCGGAAGCUUGGGUGGUCUCCUUACCGGCUUCUUUUCCAAUCCCAAGCUGUGUCGUCUUUUCUAUCUAGUUGACAACUGGCAACACUACAUCGGUCUUUCCUAUGGCAUCCACGAUGGUCGAGUUAUGGCAGGGAUGAAGCAAAUGGGAAUUCAACUUCUGGGAAUCGUGUUUGUGGUUGUCGUGAACGUUAUCAUAACCAGCUUAAUCUGUUUGCUGUUGAGGCUCAUCGUUCCACUUAGGAUGACAGAAGAUGACUUGAAAAUCGGGGAUGAUGCAAUUCACGGGGAGGAGGCUUAUGCAUUGUGGGGAGAUGGAGAGAAGUUUGAUGGUUCCAAGCACAACUCAGUUUAUGGCAUGGAUGACUUUGGUGUGGCAAGUAAAGCUUAA